UAUAAUUUAACUUUUUCGAAGAAUUCUAAAAAAAUGAGUAACGUGAAAAAUAGAAUGACACGGUCGAUAUCAAUGCCGGUGAAACCCAAGUAUCUUGAUGAAGAGAAAAGUUUGGAGAGAUCUGAAGAAAAGGAGAUGCUUUUCAGCGCACAUGAUAUCGAUCAAAUAGAAGAAGUCGAUGAGCAGGACGAGAACUUUGCUGAUGAAGGCAACGUUUGCCGGCGUGCUUCGCAUCAUGAAUUCCCUCAUAAUUUGGAGCGCAAAUCUUCACAGGAGCAUCAGCAGGAGCAACAUAAUGAAAUGCAUCCUGACGAACAUGGAGGAGACUCAAACCACACCCAUCGGAAUGGCUCAAAAAUGGAGACUGCUAUUCAUAGUCCUUGCAUUUAUGAGGAACCUGAUAAAUUCCAGUUUACUUAUCCCCAUCGUGUCAUUUCUUCAUCGGGUCAGCAGAACAUCAAAUUCACCAAGAUCCCGAAGCGACUGUGGCAAUAUUUCAAGGAUCUAGUUACAACUACGGUCGAGUGGAAGUGGAGAUACACUAUAACCCUCUUUAUUUCCGGUUACUUCAUUGUUUGGUAUUUAUGCACGGCGAUUUGGUACUUAAUCGCAGAUGCCCACGGCGAUUUGUCCUUCAAUGAAACAACAGGUGAACGACUCAACGAUGGUGAGCAGACUUGUGUGAAAGGCGGUGACACCUUCACUGGCUUGUUUAUCUACACAAUGGAGACCCACACGUCGAUAGGUUUCGGCGAACGCUAUCCAACAGAUGAAUGUCCUGAAGGAGUGUUUUUCUAUGCUGCCCAAUUGAUAUUGUACAUCGGAGUUGAGGGGAUGCUCAUCAGUAUAGUUUAUAUGAAGGUAGCGAAACCGUCGAGACAAAUAGCCAAGCCGAAGUUCAGCAAGAGAGCAGUGGUUUGUUUGCGGGACGGAAGGCAUUGCCUCGUCAUUCGAAUAUGUGACCGAAAUGAACAGCAAAUUAUUGGGACCAAAGUUACUGUCUACCUGUUGCAGAACAAAAGCACCCUAGAAGGGGAGUUCAUACAAAAGUCUCCAAUUAAGCUCACGAUCGAAGGAGACGGCAAUCCAUGUCUCCUAUGGCCAACGACAAUUUGCCAUGUAAUUAAUAAAAAAAGUCCUUUCUACAAAUAUACCGCUGCAGACUUUGCCAGAAAGGAAUUUGAGAUAAUUGUAUCUUGCACCGGUACUUCAGCUUCCACAGGACAAUUUACUGAGUGCUUAGCGUCUUAUGUACCGAAUGAAAUCUAUUGGGGCGAACAAUUUACCAACAUCAUUCAUUAUAAUUGGAAGCGCGGCUGGUACGUCGUGGAUUAUGAUAAUUUCGACAAGACCGUCUCGGUAGGCAUGCCGGUGUAUAGUGCUCAUCAGUUCCAUCAGAUGUUGAAGGCAGCGAGGAAGAAAUCUCGUGAGCAAAAAUAAUUAUCUUUUACUUGUUUAGGAAAUUGUAGUGGAAAAGAUGUCAACAGACAAAUUCCCGAUCUUUUGAAGCAUAAUUUUGAUAAAUGCUUUAAUAAAUCAUCAUCUUGAUAGCCUUUUGCAUCUGCCUUUCAAAAUCCAAAGAAUCAACUUUCAGAAUUGAUUGCUUUAAUAUAUAAUAGAUACUUCUGCAAGGAUUUAAUAAAAUCAUUUCAAUAGAU